CACAACACACAUCAGAUGUCAAUGUCGACUUUGUCCCCCGCUCCCUUCAACUUUCCUCGCCCCUUCUUCUCCCCUACUACUACUACUACUGCUUCCCCUCUCACAACAAUAACAAGCUCCUCUUCGUACCUAAACUAUAGGGCUAGCUUUCUAGUGGCCGAUCUCUACUGGAUGAGAUCCAAACAGCACUGCUGCUGCCGC